UGUGAUCAUCGAAUAAUAAUAGAAUAAAAGUGGUGAUAGUGCAUCAACUAACCUUCCAUAAGACUCGAUAAUUGUGUGUAAUUUCAGAGCUCUACAAUUUAUAUACGAUUAUAAUUUGUUAUCGUUAUCGAUGUCGUAGUACAUGAAUGAUCUUAAAUGAUCUAAGAUAGUCCACGUUUUACGCAGAUGUUGAUGGACGACCCUUAUCUCGGCGACAGUGACGUAGAAUAGCUCUGUGAUAUAUAUGGGCUGAAAGAGCGCGCGCGAACAUUACUAGUCUAAGAGUGACCCGCGCAUGACCACGCGCCUGCAGUUCGCGCCGUACACUUGUCUUGCGCUCGUUGAUACGACACUACACUAUCAUAUACCAGUGUCUCAGUGAUUAAUUGUAUCUAGUGGAGAGCAUUCUUUUGGCAGUGUAAAAUGGAGGCGCUAAGUCGGCUGGUCGAGGGCUACCAUGACCUCAUGGACAAUAAGAGUGACCAGAGGGUGAAGGACUGGUUCCUCAUGUCGUCGCCCUUCCCCACACUCGCGAUAUGCCUCACAUACGUAUUCACAGUUAAAGUGCUGGGGCCCAAGCUAAUGGAAAACAGAAAACCCAUGGAACUUAAGAAAGUGCUGAUAUUUUACAACUUGUUCCAAGUGCUGUUCAGUAUCUGGCUUUUCCGAGAGAGUUUAAAAAGCGGUUGGUUUUCGACAUACAGUUUCAGGUGUCAGCCUGUCGACUACUCGAGGUCCCCUGAAGCCAUGCGGACGGUCCAUGGCUGCUGGUGGUACUAUUUCUCAAAGUUCACAGAAUUCUUCGACACGAUCUUCUUCGUGAUGCGCAAGAAGUUUGACCACGUGUCGAAGCUGCACGUCAUCCACCACGGCAUUAUGCCCAUGUCGGUGUGGUUCGGCGUUAAGUUUACACCAGGUGGUCACUCCACAUUCUUCGGUAUGCUGAACACCUUCGUGCACAUCAUCAUGUACUCGUAUUACCUGCUGGCGGCCCUCGGUCCCAAGGUGCAGAAGUACCUCUGGUGGAAGAAAUACCUCACCGCGCUGCAAAUGGUCCAGUUCGUGUUGGUGUUCCUGCAUGCCUUCCAGCUCCUGUUCAUUGACUGCGACUACCCACGCGCCUUCGUCUGGUGGAUCGGCAUGCACGCCGUACUCUUCUACUACCUAUUCUCAGACUUCUACAAACAGGCCUACCUCAAGAAAGCCAAAAGAAACAAAGCCAGCGUGAAAGUAGAAGCCGACUCAAUAAAGUCGGAGACGAAGGACAGGAUGCUGCCGCUGCUGAACGGGUUCGGAAACGGGUCGGCGCUGGGCGACGUGCGCCAGAGAAUGGCGGGAGCUGUCGCCUCGCAGUGAUCGCCGCGCCAUACUCCCUAGCUUAGAGAAUCUCAUUGCAUCCGUGAAUACACUAUGUGUACUCACAUAAAUUCCCUUAAUUACAGAGUACAGACUAACCUUGUCAUGGGUGACGCGGCAGCUCUGCUAUAAAACCUUUACAAAUUACAGUUGGCACGGAACGUGCAUUACAUUGAUCAUGAAUUACUUGUUAUUAUUGAUACCUGCUAUUGGUGCGUCAGUAACCUAUUAUGCCAUGGAAAUAUAUAUCUGUCGUGGCACCCACAAUGUUAGCAUCAUGUAAUAUUAAGAGUCUCAAUAAAACGGUUAAAGUACAAACGGGACACUGACAAUUGGCAUCAGCCGCGGUUCCCGACAGGACGAAGCUCAAUUAAUUCUAAGUUGGAUAUAAGUUCGUAGUUUACUAGUGAUAGUAGUUGUAAUUUAUUCAAACCGAAUACUUUAAGUUUCGUAAGAUGUUUAACGAUCAACUAUUUAUUCGGGCGUGGAUAUGGUAGGACUAAGAUAGAGCCAGUAUUUCUGUAAAAUAUAAUUAUUUAGAUUUUUCGUUUAUAUAAUUUUGCCGAUAAAUUAAUACCCUUAUACGUUUACCUACCUAUCUUACGCUGGUCGUCUAAAUCUAUUGAAUACAUCGUUCGAAGUACGCAACGAACGAGUGGAGUAAAUUGUUAGGUAAAUACAGUCAGUACUUUUCCCUAUGUACCUAGAGCCACGAUGUUGUAGGAGCUGAAGAGUAUUGUAGCAAUCUGUGGUGGCGUGAAUUAGUAAAUAAACUGUAAAUAAAUGUUACUAACAGAUUGCUAACGAGGUGAAUAUUUAGCUAUUAAAUUAUCAGGCGAUCGUAAUAAAAUAUGACAGUCACUGCUAGGAGAUAGAAAAACCGCUUGUUGUUCACUCAAAAUUUUCCUUGCAUGAUAGUUUGAGUGCUCAUAAUCUUAGCAAGAUUAUGACGAGACUCCUUUUCAGAAGCUUUUAGUUCACUGACUUUUUAAGAGUUCUUUAAAACAUGAAGCUCUUAAAAAUGUUAUGUGAAUUUCAAAAGCAAUAUUUGUGACAAGUUCGGAUUAAAUAUCAAGUUUACUAUGCCAUUGUGGAAACGAUAAUUGCUUCGAAUUCCAAUGUUAGAACGAUUAAAAAGAAAUUAUUGAAUGCUAAUUGAUGCUACAAGGAAGUUUGUUGUGGAAUGGUCAUUGUUUUUGUGGUGAUCUGACUGUAUUAUGGCAUUUAUGUAUAUAGGUACCUGUAGCCUAGCAAAUGGACUCUACAAAUAUUUAUUAGUAUAUGUUUUGUAUUGUUUUUUAUUUUGUAUUGUAUUUAGAAGCCUGUUUGUUUCCCUGAUUGUUAGCAGGGCGGAGCAGGAAUCAAGGCUAUCCAUGUUUGGUUUGUAAGCUCGGUUGGUACCUAACAUCGACAUGCUGUAAAUAUGCUAAAGGGUAAUCUUACAUUUAUACUUUGUGAUACUUAAGUUAAUAACAAAGAAUUAUACUAUU